AUGGCUAAGGGUAAUGUGGAGGUCUACAUCUACAGCGUCGGUAGUUAUGGGUUCGAAUAGACUUAGAGCUGCCAGAUAAACGCACAAGGUGAGUCAAUCUAAAUAACAUUUUGGUUCAUUGUGCUCGUAGCACAGCCCGUUACUGGGGCAUGAUUUUGAGAUGGAGGCAAAAUUUAAAAAAACCUUCUUCGUAAAUAUGGAGGAAUAAACCGAUGCUUUGUUUAUGCACGUUUAGAAAACAAAAUGGGUUUUCGCAUAUCCACCAGGUCAUUUUAGCACAAAAAGUGCAAUAGAGAGCAGCAAUAUGGUAAAGUAUUGUGUCGUGUACGUUGCAUGUUCCUGAGCGUGACUGUUUCUCCGUGAAAUAAAUAACACUCAUGUGGAUUUCCAUGAAUGAAUCCCCAGUCAUAAAGCCUAAAUUGAAAUCCGUUCUAACUUUCUGGAGCAGGAAACUUUCGAGUUUUUGACAGCGUGAAUUUUACAAAUUUCCUUAGUAGUGACUUUAUUAUUAAGUGCCACUAGGUGACGAAUAUGUUGUUAUGGAGAUGAGCAACAGUCGCUAGAACAAGAGCUUUAGUCGCCAGACGUUUCGAAUUUACUUCGGAUUCAUUUAUGAGUUUUUGUCUACUUGCCUGGCGAUGAUGGAGACAACGACGUCAACGACAGCGGCGGUGAUGAUGAUGAUGAUGGUGGUGGUGGUGGUGGUGGUGAUGAUGAUGAUGAUGAUGAUGAUGAUGGUGAUGAUGAUGAUGAUGAUGAUGAUGAUGAUGAUGAUGAUGAUGAUGAUGAUGAUGAUGAUGAUGAUGAUGAUGAUGAUGAUGAUGAUGAUGAUGAUGAUGAUGAUGAUGAUGAUGAUGAUGAUGAUGAUGAUGAUGAUGAUAGUAGUAGUAGUAGUAGUAGUAGUAGUAGUAGUAGUAGUAGUAGUAGUAGUAGUAGUAGUAGUAGUAGUAGUAGUAGUAGUAGUAGUAGUAGUAGUAGUAGUAGUAGUAGUAGUAGUAGUAGUAGUAGUAGUAGUAGUAGUAGUAAUGGUGGUGGUGGUGUCGGUGGUGGUGAUGGUGGUGGUGGUGGUGGUAGAGUGCUCGCCGUGCCUUAACAACCAACUGAACAAGAUCGUUUGGGUUUUUAACAGAAAUCGCCACUGUCUGUUAUGCUCGUUAGGCGGAAGCCCACGCGACACUAAGUAUUGGGUAAAAUCCUGCCUUUGGUCGGCCAAAAAGCCUGAAGAGGUUACGGAUACACUGGCAGGCGAAAGCUUAAGGCUGAAGAUGAUGUAUUUUUCAUAACAAUCCAAUGCUUCGUCGGUAAAAUAAAUCUAGAACGCUGGAAGCCAUAAAAAGACGUUAACGGCCGAGUUUGUCGGUUGAAAACUGCCAACUAACUGUAAGUCAGAUUCAGUAGAUUCCGCCUAAUAUGGUCUUUAUCACGGUAUUACCUUUGCAAGAUGUAGGCCUAUGUUUUGAACGCGUUUGGUGGAGGCAGAAACUGCGUCAGGUCUUAUAUCCAAUCCAGUGCCCUGUUAUAACGAUUUCACGAAAGGCUGUUGAUAUAUACGAGGAGGAAGACAGCGAGAAGCAUGCAUACUCAAUGUUCGUCUAACGUCUUUACCGGAGAUAUCGAAGUUCGGGGAACAAUCUGCGAACAAACAGUUGAUAGGUGCAAUCUAAACAAAUAGCGGUUGUGAACAGAGGCAAAUAGGAGAGUCCCUGGUUCUUCUUGCAAAGAAGAUCCACGAGUGUGCGUCAUCUUUGAAACACGCGUUUUCAUUGAAUACGGACAAAAAAACAAUGGAUAAUUCUGUAUCUGAAGAAACAUUAAGUGGAGGUACAUCAUCCAAAGCUUAGAAACAGAGACUAGGGUAUGAUUUGUGUCUGGGUUACUUACUUUGGGGAGCAUUUGCGUUGAGCAAAAGGGCUGAAAAUCCACGAAUUUUGUGGUAUAACAAAUUUCGAUUCUGCAUUUCGUCGCCAAUUACAAUGUGACACAAUUUUAGCAUUUAGUGUUAGUGGUAAACUGAUUUACUGCCCUUUUGCUGUCAUUGCCUAAAAGGUAUUUUAUUGUCGUACUUUUACUCCGUCUGGCGACAUCUAUUUCGACUGCGCGUGUUCCCAUGCCACGGAGCCUACAUUAAAAAUAAUUGUUACUUAAAAAUAGAAAAUAGAAGAUGACUGUUUAAAUAAAAAAUAUUGCGUAAGUGGCGCUUCGAUUUUGACUUUUAACGCAAUACAAUCCCUAGGCCGCCAGUACACGAUGACGUGCUCGAUUUGGUCUGUAAUAGUGAGUGGUUCGUCAUACUGACAGCAAAGAUAUUAACUAAAAACAGACGCAUGUUUCGCCGAUUUUGUACAGCUUUAUGACGCAGUAACGAGGGGUUCAGCUCAUCUCAGCGUUCCUCAUGCGCUUUCAUGUACGCUUUGAAGGUCCAAAUUUAAGCUUUUUAUUUUCUCAGAAAGUUACGCAAAGCUGAAGCAAAUCCUUCAGGCCUAA